AUGGCUAUGCCCAUUCACGGUUCGCAGUCCAUAUAUGGAACAUACCUCAACCGCUUAUCGUCAACUACCGAAAGGUACGAGUCCAUUAAAUCUGAUCCGGCCAUCUACAUUGUGCUGACAAAAGGCCAGACCAUCCUCGCCUUGGCAGUGCUCUACCUCCCGACACUCGCACUCGCUAAACUGGCCGUAUUAUCGUUAUACUAUCGCGUGCUGGAAUCUGUCCGCAUGUGGCGAUACACCCUCUGGACUAUCGGUGCUGGCUGGGUGGAAUUUCUCAGUUCCUAG